AUGCCGCUGAAUCGCUGCCGGUGCUCGAGGGAAGCGCGCGACGAGGCCGCGGCGCGCUCCUCUAAGCGGGGGGACUCGGGGUCGAAGAAGCGUCACGGCGCGCGUCGGAUGCUCCCGCGGCUGCACUGCGGACGGUGCCUGAAGCGCACGCGCGGCGGGAUCGCGGUGUCGUUUCUCACGUCGCCGAUCUACUGCGCGUGCGCGGCCGUGGGCAUGACGCAGGCGGCGCACGUCGUCGGGACGCCGCUGCUGGAGAAGAUCGUCAAGCCGGCGGUGAGGAAGGCGCGAUCGAUACGAGGACGAGGGCGAGGCGGGGACGAGAGGUAG